AUGCCAUCAGAACAAGUCCCAACCCCAAUUAAGUUCGAAAGAAAUACGGUCAUCGUAGUCUUCGGUGCUUCUGGUGAUUUAGCCAAAAAGAAAACAUUCCCAGCUUUAUUCGGUCUUUACAGGGAAGGUUAUUUAGAUCCAUCUACCAAAAUCAUUGGUUAUGCACGUUCCAAAUUGACGAUUGCAGAACUUACCGAACGUAUUCAACCACAUUUAAAGAAAACUAAUGAGCAAUCAGAUUUGAAGAUUAAAGAAUUCUUCAAAAUGGUUACUUAUGUUUCCGGUAAUUAUGACACUGAUGACGGGUACAUCACUUUAAGAGCUCAUAUUGAAGAACUAGAAGAAAAAUGUAACGUGGAAAUCCCACAUCGUCUAUUCUAUUUCGCUUUACCUCCAAGUGUCUUCUUAAGCGUUGCAAAACAAAUUAAAAAAUUAGUCUAUGCUGAAAAUGGUUUUACUAGAGUAAUCGUGGAAAAACCAUUCGGUCAUGAUUUAGAAUCUGCAAGAGCAUUACAAAACGAUUUAGCUCCAUUAUUUAAAGAAAAGGAAAUAUUUAGAAUUGAUCAUUAUUUGGGUAAAGAAUUAGUCAAGAAUUUAACCGUCUUAAGAUUCGGUAAUCAAUUCUUAAAUGCUUCUUGGAAUAAGGAAAAUUUACAAAGUGUUCAAAUCUCAUUUAAAGAACCAUUCGGUACUGAAGGUCGUGGUGGGUAUUUCGAUUCCAUUGGGAUCAUUAGAGACGUCAUGCAAAAUCAUUUAUUACAAAUAUUGACUUUAGUCACUAUGGAAAGACCACAAUCUUUUAACCCGGAAUCUAUUCGUAAUGAAAAAGUUAAAGUCCUACAAGCUAUGAAACCUAUUGAUGUCAAUGAUAUCUUGAUUGGUCAAUAUGGUAAAUCCAUCGAUGGUACUAAACCAGCAUAUUUGGAUGAUGAAACUGUGAAAAAGGGAUCCAAAUGUAUCACUUUUGCAGCAAUGACUUUCCAUAUCGAUAAUGAACGUUGGAGAGGUGUUCCAAUCAUGAUGAGAGCUGGGAAGGCCUUAAAUGAAGGGAAGGUAGAAAUUAGAUUACAAUAUAAGAGUUCAUAUGGUGUCUUUAGUGAUAUUCCAAAUAAUGAAUUGGUCAUUAGAGUUCAACCCGAUGCUGCCGUUUACAUGAAAUUUAAUGCCAAGACACCAGGUUUAUCAAAUAAAUCACAGGUCACCGAUUUAGAUCUAACUUAUUCAAGUAGAUAUAAAGAUUUCUGGAUCCCAGAAGCUUAUGAAGUUUUAAUUAGAGACGCAUUAUUAGAAGACCAUUCCAAUUUUGUAAGAAAUGAUGAAUUGGACGUUAGUUGGGAAUUGUUUACACCAUUAUUGAAUUAUUUGGAAGGUCCUGAUGCUCCACAACCAGAAGUUUAUCCCUAUGGUACAAGAGGUCCAAAGGGUUUGAAAGAGUAUAUGAAAAAUCACGGUUAUGCCUUACAUGAAAAAAAUAAUUGUUAUACAUGGCCUGUUACCACACCAAAAAAUAUUGAUUGA